AGACAUCCCUAGCCAAGAAGCCAGUGGGCAACGGCCUGGGCUGGGCAGCCUUCCUGCUAAGCAAUGUGACUAGUGACAGCCAGGUCCUCUGCUCCGGCUUCUGCAAUGACAUCCAGAUGGAUACAUCUUGCUGAUGGAUGUACCAAAUAAAUGGAGCUAAAGCACCGAUGCUCGCAGACACAAGUCAAAGCUCAUCUGCUGCUAGAGACGCUGAGUGUGAUCCUGGUGAAGGAGCUUGACCGCCAUUGUCACUGCACAGGGUGCCUGCUGUCUUUGUAACUCCUCAUUGCAAAUCCAAUGCUGAGUGCUAUCUUUGCUUCUCACCAAAUUUUUUUUUAAAGGUUUAUUUAUUUAUUUAUUUGAGAGAGAGCAUAAGCAGAAGGGGCAGAGGGAGAGGGAGAGAGAAUCUCAAGCUGACUCUGAGCUGAGCGCAGUGCCCAAUACAGGGCUUGAUCUCAUGACCCUGAGAUCAUGACCUGAGCUGAAACCAAGGGUCAGAGGCCUAACCAAUUAUGCCAAGGCACCCUUUGUCAUUUUUUCUUAAAAGCAAAAAUCCUCUUUGCAUUUCUUUUACUUAGUGAGAACAGGUACUAACAAUUAAUGUAGGUCUUUCAUAAAAAUGAAGUGGUGUAAUGGUAUUUUUGGAAAGCAGGGGAUUCCUACAGUAAGAUGUUAAAGAUUUUUCAUAGUAGCCAGGGUCAUAGUUGAGAUCAAGGUUUGAGUUGUUGAGGGUAUACGAUGCUUCCCAAAGGAGGCCCAGGGUUUGGUAUACAUGCCUGGGAGGGGCACUGUAGCUGCAGCUGGGAGCAGAUCCAGCCUGGCAGUGUGGAGUCCCUCAAGACUGUGCCUGAGCACCCUGAGAGGCUUCCCUGUAAGAGUCUCAGGCGCCUGGGAUUGACAGAGGAGGCCAAAGGCAGAGUCCAGGACAGAGGCUGGGAGAGGGGCCAUUGGAGUCCCUGGAUGUGACAUCAAGGAGGCAGGUGUACACACUGGUCUGGAGUCUGGGUGACUCACCUUCUAACCCCAGCAGGGCUUCUUUCUGGCUACGUGUCUGUUCUUGGGUGGAUCACCUCAACCCCACCUCUCUGGGCCUCAGUUUCUUCAUCUAUAAAGGAGAAGAAUAAUAGAGAUUUCACUUGGUUGCUGUGUGAACGAAGGUGAAUGACAUUUGGAAAGUCUAAGGAAAACUCUAAAUAAACAGGAACUUUUAUGAGUACUAAUAACAUUGGUUCCCGGAGCGAGUGGAGCUGGCACCCCUACCCCGCUGGCAGCCCGUGGGUGAGAACCUCACCAUGACCUGCCAGGUGGCAGGCGGGGCGCCCCGGACCAACCUCACGGUGGUGCUGCUCCGCGGGGAGGAGGAGCUGAGCCGGCAACCGGCCGUCGGGGAGCCAGCCGAGGUCACGUUCACGGUGGCGGCGGGCAGGGAGGACCACCUCGCCAACUUCUCGUGCCGCACGGACCUGGACCUGAGGCCCCGAGGGCUGGGAUUGUUCCAGAACAGCUCGGCGCCCAGGCAGCUCCGAACCUUUGCACUGCCCAUCACGGCUCCGCACCUCGUUGUCCCUCGGAUCUUGGAGGUGGGAACGACUCGGUCGGUGAACUGCAUCCUGGAAGGAUUGUUCCCGGCCUCCGAGGCCCAAGUCCACUUGGCGCUGGGGAACCAGACGCUGAACUCUACAGUCGAGAGCCACGGGGACACGAUCAGUGCCACAGCCACAGCCGUAGCGAGAGCGGAGCAGGAGGGCGCACAGGAGAUAGUCUGCAACAUAACGUUGGGGAACGACGGCCGGGAGGCCCGCGAAAAAUUGACUGUCUACAGCUUCUGGGGGCCCACCAUAAACCUGAGUGAACCCAACGCCUCCGAGGGGACUGCAGUGACUGUGACUUGCGCGGCCGGAGCCCGCGUCCAGGUCAUGCUGGAGGGACUUCCGGCCGCGGCCCCUGGACAGCCUGCCCAGUUUCAGCUAAACGCCACCGAGAUGGACGACAGGCGCAGCUUCUUCUGCAAUGCCACCCUCGAGGUGGAUGGGGAGACCUUACACAGGAACAGCAGCGUCCAGUUGCGUGUCCUGUACGGUCCCAAGAUUGACCAAGCCAAAUGUCCCCAGCGCUUGACGUGGAAAGAGAAAACUACCCAUGUCCUGCAGUGCCAGGCUCGGGGCAACCCGGACCCCCAGAUGCACUGUUUUCACGAAGGCUCCCACGUCGAGCUGCCUAUCGGGGUCCCAUUCUUCGUCAGGUUAAACUAUACUGGUACCUAUGCCUGCAAGGCGUCCAGCUCACGAGGCGUACACACUGUGACUGUGGUGAUGAACGUUCAGGAUCGGAACCUCCGCGCUGUCAACAUCGUCCUGGGGGUGUUAGCGAUCUUGGGCGUGGUGACUACCGUCGCAGCCUUACUGCACGUCUUCGGGGUGCAGAAGCGGAGUGACACCUACCGUGUGAACCAGGGGAGCACUUGGUUACCCCUGACGUCUAGGCAGCCCGAAGAGGCUGUGGGGGAGAAUCCAUCCUGAGCUUCCAGCUGGGAUGAUGGGGGUUUGGCUGUAUCCCGGGGUUCCACACCAAUAAAGCCCUCAAACCCCGGA